AUGGUCAGUAGCAGCCCGCAGCAUGGUCAUUUCAACGGCCAGCUAUCAGAGCAGUACAUCCAGGACGCUUUUCACAGCUAUCUCAAGUCGUCGUUGACCCAGGCAAAGGCUGAACGAUUAAUUGACGUCGAUGUUUUGGCCAGUGCAGAAGGAGACCUUAUGAUUACAGGGCCCGCUCUAUGCUUGUACUUUGCAGCACUGCGGUGCACAACCAACCCUCCUUCAGUCCCUUUACCCCGUACGACGAAAACUGCGCAGCCCAUGGAGCUCUCCUUCGAGAAUUGCCCUCCAGCCUUCGUGCCAUUCCUCCGCGUGUGGGCCAACACCGUCCCCUCAAUACAGAACUUGGCACCAGAACACCAGCAUGACCUCGCCCGUGUUAUAUGUGGUUUGGAACCCUUGCAUCGGGAUGUAGUCCCCAUCGUGAACGGGAUUUCUGCGGAUCUACGCGCAGUAGCCAUCGAGAUCAGCCAGCGAAGGUCGUUCCAGGACCGCUACGCCUCUGAUCUUCAAGCGGCACUGGACGCUGGUGGUGCUCCUGGGAGUGCCAGUCCCCGGAAGGCGUCGUUUGUGCCGCCACCCAACUAUGACGCCUCACCGAGCACAUCUUCCCACUCUUCUCCGCGCCAAUCCCUUGAAUCUUUACCACCCAGGUUGCCUCCUCGAAUAAACUCCAAUCUACCGCAGCAAUCUCCCGGCUUACUAUCACCUCAGUGGCCAUCGGCCCAAAGCUCGGCAUCUGGAUCUGUGUCGUCCUUUGCAUCCAGCACAUCCUCAAGCCCCUCCAUACUUACCCAAGACUCGCCCGCCAUCGAGUUCAUCCGCGAAACACUCUACGCCUCACUCGCAGAUGCCCUCGAGCGCCAACCUUCCCUACGGCGGAUGCUCAAGACCGACCCGCCUCGCGCGUACUUCGGGUCUGUAGCCUUUGCGAUUCUCGACGUCGCCUCAAACGCCAUCACCCCCGAUGGUUCCGUCAUUGGCGUCCUCGGCAAGCCACUGACUCUUGCGGAGUGUCCGCGCGAGCUACGGCCGUUCAUGACGGAGCUCGCCAACAUCGGACGCCUGGCGAAGGAGAUGGAGGAGGAGGACACGAUGGAUGCGAUCAAGCUAGCAGAGCGAGGGAAAUCGAUUCCUCUUUCGCGGCUAGAUCGCGUGAAGAUGAUGUUGGAAGGCGGCGUUGGGUACGAACGGGGGUUGCAAGAGGCGGAUGAGGGACGGAGGAGUGUGGAGGGUCGUGCAGUGGCAUUUGCGAAUAAGAUCAAUGCGCUGAGUCUUGGGAUGACGAGGUUGAAGGCCUUCAGGGAGAGGCAGGGCGAUGUGUUCAAAGUAUUGGCUGGCAUUGGGUCGUGA